ACUACUAAUUCCUUUCAAGGCCGAGAGGGCUCGAUCUCAGUAGUUAUUACCGGUACUAAGGAAGGUCUUAGCACCGGUUUCGUUUCGGACGAAAAUCGGCUUAACAUUAUAUUGACUCGUCAAAAGUCGGGUUUCCUCAUCGUUAAAGAUAAAAACGUU